AUUCCUUUUCCAUAUACAACUCAUACACGCACAUAUAAAUACAAUUCAACAGUUUCGCAACACUAAAUCGUCAAUUUAUCUUUUUUUUCUUUUUAAAUUUUCUCUUCUCUGUAUGCACAAGUUUGAUUUCAAUUUUAUAAUCAGGGUUAGGGUUCUUCCGUUUGUACAUAACUUAUUUAUUUAAUUUAAAAAAAACAAUGAGCGAUUUGAUUACAGGAGACGAUGAGUUCAAUUUGGACCAGCUACUAAACGAUCCUGAUUUCCUCAACGACGUUAAUUUGUUCGAUGAAUUACCGGGUCAGAUUUCGGGUCCUGAUCCGUAUCCGAAUGAAAAGUUCGCCGAAAUUGAGCAGUUAUUGAUGAACGACGACUUUGAUCAAAGUAAGGGCGAUGAAUUAUUGUUUGAUGUGUUGCUUGAUUCGCCGGUUGAGUCGGAGGCGUCGCGUGGCGAGGUGCUUGAUGAUUCGAAAACGAGUUCUCCCGAGACGGUGGUGCAGAAUGGUGAUAAGGACGCUAAUGAUGGAGAAGAGGAUGAUAAGAAUUUUAAUGAGGAAAGCGGUGACGGAGAAAAAGAUGAUCCUGUUUCGAAGAAACGGAAGAGGCAAGAGAGGAACAGGGAUGCAGCUGUUAAAUCUCGAGAGAGAAAGAAACUGUAUGUGAAGGACUUGGAGAUGAAGAGUAGGUACUUUGAAGGGGAGUGCCGGAGGCUUGGGAUGUUGCUUAACUGUGUUAUAGCUGAGAACCAAGCUUUACGACUUUCCUUACAUAGUAGCAAGGCAUUUGAUGCUUCCAUGACCAAGCAGGAGUCUGCUGUGCUCUUGUUGGAAUCCCUGCUGUUGGGUUCCCUGCUUUGGUUCCUGGGCAACAUGUGUCUUCUAAUCCUGCCAGACUCCCUUCAAUCAACAAAGGAAGAAGUUCCACUGGAAAACGUGGACAACGGAAAUCAGGGAAGUCUGGCUCUAGUAAAGGCGGGAAGAGUUGAACAUGGGCUACAUCAGAACAUGUUAGGUAAGAGGUGCAAAGCUUCAAGGUCAAGGAUGAGGCCGAGUUACUUGGUACCAGAAGUUAUAGCCUAGCUACCAGGGUGAGAGGGGGAAGAUGUGAUGACUUGUUAUCGUUGAUUAGGAAUAAAAUAUAUUAUCCUUGUUUUUUUUUUGGACAAGUAAUUUUAGUCGUUCCUUAAGUUACUUGUUUCGGUAUGAUAUGUGUUUUAUGCGGAUUCUAAAAAAUCUCAGUAGAUCGGGGAAGAGUUAUUUAUUUUGAUACUA